UUGAUAAUAAUAAUAUUAAUAAUAGUAUUAGUAAUAAGAAAGAUAUUAAAAAUGAUAUUAGUAACAGUAAUGAUAUUGAUUAUAUUGAAGAUAUUAAUGAUAGUAAAGAUACAGUUGAUAAUAAAAAUAUGGAAUAUA